AUGUCGACCAGCCCACCAGGCCCGAAUCAGAAAAGCCCUCCUCUUAAAGAAGUGGAUAAGCUCGAAUCCUCGACCAGUCCUCAUCCAGGAGACUAUCUCGAGGCACGCCUCGCAGCUCUGGAAAAGGGUGAGUCCUCGACCAAUCCUCAUCCCACAGACUAUCUCGAGGCUCGCCUCGCGGCUCUGGAGAAGGGUCAACCUCCGGCAAAAGCUCAAGCCCCAAACGGCGUCGAAGCACGUGCUGCUGCUGCUUCUAGAGCAUCUGGCUCUAACCAGGCUGUGCGUGACCUCGUCGCCUCCCCGGGCCGCCUUGAGCCACUGGGCAGUCCCGCCGCGAUCCAGGAUCUGCCUCUUGAUGCUCUGUCUCUCGACGUUCGAGCCAUCCUCUCUGCUCCUCAUGUCCUGAUUCGGCCUUCCCAAGACGACGAGGCCGUCGUGCCGUUUCAGUUGCCCAACAGCCCCGGCCAAAUUCUCUGCGUCACGCAAUCGUCAAAGGAGGCAUGGUUCUCGCUUGCGUGGCAAGUGGUCCAUUGCGAUUUCUAUUACGACGCCAGCAGCGACUGCCUCGUCCUAAAGAACCUCGGCGCAGUCCUCAUACACGCUGUCCCGAUCCUGAGUGACAACAAGCUCGACCACGGUAAGCGGAAAGUGCUGGGCCCCCGUGCCGCCUGCGUCAUCUCUCCCGGCCCAUGGAGAAUCUCGUCGCCAGAAGAGGAGGCAGCCGAGGCAUGGGCAGAUAUCCUCCUGUUCCGCCGACGCUUCAUAGCGGAGAAGAGCAAGCCGCCUACCGGAGAAGCUGGUCUCAAGAGGAAAAAUGUUACCCUACUCGCUGGCGCGCCGAAGCGUGUCCGCAACGAUGCGAGUGAGGGCGACCGCAGCGUAGUUUUGUUCGCCAACCCAUCAGAGAGCAAGAUGGCUGUUGUCACUGACGGCCACCCUUUGGUCGAUUUUCAGCCCGGGGAAACCGUGACCAUCAGAUCACUUGUCGAGGACAGCCCCAAGGCAGAAACUGAAGACAGAUCUCUGGACGUCGUGCGGCACUCUUCUGAGAACUACUCGCUGUCGCAUCUUCGCGACAUUGCCGCCACCAAAGACUUUUCGUCCGUCUUUCGUGCAAGCCAUCCCGUCUUCGGCCAUACUGCAGUCAAGAUAGCGCAGAUGUGGCAGAGCGAGGAGCGCCUCAUGCGGGAAGUAAAUCACCCCUCAAUCAUCAAAAUAUUCGGGUCGGACGCUCGCCUCGCCUCUAUCUAUAUGGAGUAUCUGCCUUACCCCGACCUCGCGGCAUCGAUAAAUCGCGUACCAGGUCACUUGUUUGCCGGCUCGACUGAUGAUGCCAGGCGCGUGCUGGGCGACAUGGCCUCGGCACUGGCGUAUCUUGAGGGAAAGGGCAUCAUUCAUAAUGACAUCAAGCCGUCGAAUAUCCUCUAUGAGCAGGAUAGAGGUGCGAUCCUUAUCGACUUUGGCCUGGCCUCUACUCCCACUGAUACCCUUUGCCUCGGCGGAACCCCUUGGUAUAUUGCCCCCGAGUUCCUCGACGAGAGGAAACGAGAGCCGGGGAGCGACGUGUUUGCCUUGGGCGUAACUCUCUUGUACCUCUUGGGAAAGAUCCCGCUACCCGAUGCGACGCAGCGGGGGUGGAUCAUUGCGAAAGUCUUUGGAUAUGACUCCCACAGACAACUGAUGAAGGCGUGGCUCGAAAAGGUCAGAAGGGUGGGGGACCAGCUAUCGCAGGUCGGCAUCGAGUCUGUGGUUGAAGAAAUGCUGCAUGCAGACCCGCAGCAAAGAAUACCUGCUCGGGAAAUCGUUCAGAAGCUCCGCUGA